AGAAAAUGGAAAUAAAAUUGCAACAAUGGUGUUGACACAGUUUUUGAUGCACGGAAUCUUGCUACACUAAUUACGUUUUCUUACACUGUUUCCAUGCUGUCGACCUUUUAAACUGCUCUUCGGUCUCGCAGAUAGUGAAGCUGUUUGUUUUUCGACAGAUGGAGGCAGGCAGCCUUGUUUCACGCAGAGAGGACAUUUCUUCGCUGUUUCCUGAGCAAACGCCUGGUGCCAAGCAUAAAGAUUUAAGCAGCCAGUUUUCCUCCGUGAGAAAAGUGCGAGGGGAUGGCAACUGCUUCUACAGAGCCUUCUGCUUCGCACAUAUGGAGUCAGUCCUACAUAAUGCCAGGGCUCUGCAGAGAUUCAAGGACAAAAUAACUGAAAGCGGCAAAGUUUUGUCCUCUGCGGGAUUUGAUGAGAAUUCCUUCAAGCACCACCUGAUCACAGUUGUAAAUGUGGUGGAGCAGUGCCAGGGUGAUGAGCAGGAAGACACGCUGCUAAGGCUCUUCAAUGAGCAGACCACCUCCGACAGUGUGGUGCAGUAUCUUAGGCUGCUUACUUCAGCACACUUACAAAACCAUGCUGACUUCUUCCGCAACUUUGUGGAGGCUCCCAAUCUACAGGCAUACUGUUGUCAGGAAGUGGAGACUAUGGCGAUGGAGUGUGAUCACGUGGACAUCCUGGCUCUGUCAGAGGCCCUGGACAUUUGCAUACAUGUGGUCUCUAUGGAGGGUAAUGAACAGGAGUUGGCUCACCACAUCAUUCCAGAGGGUGCUGAACCCUCCCUGCACCUCCUCUACCAAACGUCACAUUAUAACAUUCUCUACCCUCGACCAUAUCACUGACCAGUGAUGCAGCA